AUGACCGAAACGUUGAAAAAGCGUGAGAGAUCAGACUGCAGUGUACAAGUCGAAGAGAAUGUUACGGAAUCUCCGCCACAAAGUGAUAUGAAUUUAAACAAAGAGGUUGCUGUGACCAAACGUAAUCGAUAUACGUUUGAAGAAAAGAAGAAAAUUUUUGAAGAGUGUAAAACCCUAACCUCUCGAGAACUCUGUGCGAAAUACGGCUUGAAUAAAAGUGUUCUCAGCAAAUGGAGAUCCAAUAAGGAGAUAAUAAAGAAUGCCGCCAAAACGAGCCAUUCUAAAACAUUGAAAAAAGUUUCAGAAACAAAUGACGCCGAAUCAUUCACGUGGCUUUCUGAUUGUCGUUGCAAAGGCAUUGCAGUUUCUGGACCAAUGCUAUGCCGACAAGCUCUCGUGAUAAACUCUCGAAUCGGCGGACCAGAAAAUUUCAAAGCAAGCCACGGGUGGCUAGAGAAAUGGAAGAGACGAACCCACAUUAAAAAUUUAGAAAUCACCGCUGAUCAGGCACAAGCUGCUGGUGGGAAAAAACAGUUGGAACGGGUUACUAUAGCCACGUGUUCUAAUGCCGAUGGCUCUUUCAUGUUGCCUCUAAUCUUGAUGGGAAAAUCAAAAAAUCCACGCUGUCUGAGGAACGUGAAUAAGGAUGAAUUGCCAGUUUGGUACUGCAGUCAGACAAACGCGUGA